AUUGAAACAAACACAUUUCCCCAAAACAGUGAAGAAGAUAAAAUCAAAAAAAAAUGAGGAAUCAUGUGAUGAUGAAUCGAAUCUUCCUCUGCACCAAACCACUCUCCCUACUCCCCUCUCUCACUACUCCUCCCCACCUCCGUAUCUGCCACUCCGCCGCCGCAGCUUCAUCUCCGAACCGAGCGAUUCACUGCAUGGCCAACGAUUCCCCACUCUCUCAACCGUUAACCGGCGGAGAUGGUUCCGUCUCCAUCUCCGCCCCUCCUCCUUCGUCUGCUUCUUCCGCCAUCGAUUUUCUCUCCCUCUGUUCUCGCCUCAAGACAACUCCAAGAGCUGGAUGGGGUAAAAGAGAUGUUAAAAACCCAGAGUCAAUAGCGGAUCAUAUGUAUCGGAUGGGUCUUAUGGCGCUAAUCUCUUCGGAUAUUCCCGGUGUUAACAGAGACAAAUGCAUUAAAAUGGCAAUUGUUCAUGACAUUGCGGAAGCCAUUGUAGGAGACAUUACACCUUCUUGUGGGGUGCCUAAGGAAGAGAAAAAUAGAAGAGAAAGUGAAGCACUUGAACACAUGUGCAAACUCUUGGGUGGAGGAGAAAGAGCUGAAGAAAUCGCUGAGCUGUGGAGAGAAUAUGAAGCAAACGCGUCGCCAGAAGCCAAAGUUGUUAAAGAUUUUGAUAAGCUUGAGUUGAUACUACAAGCUUUGGAAUAUGAACAGGAACAAGGUAAAGAUCUAGAAGAGUUUUUCCAAUCAACCGCAGGGAAGUUCCAGACUGAUAUAGGCAAAGCUUGGGCGUUGGAGAUUGCUUCAAGAAGAAGAAAAGACCAACAUUAG